AUGAUUAAUAAUAAUAAUUGUAGUAAUAAUAAAAUUGAUACAGCAAUAUAUUUUGAUAAUAAUAAAUUAUUAGAUUUUAAAGUUAAAGAUGUAAAUACUAAUUUAGAAAAAUUAAGAGAAUCACUUGGUGAUUUAGUACCAUACUGUAAUGUGUUUAUUGGAAAGGAUGGUCCAAUAGAUUCGGAGCAAGAAGAAUUUACCAAGGUUUCUGAUGUAUUAAUAGGCGGAGCAAUUCAUUUUAAAACUCAAGAUUCUAUUUCCCGUGAUGCAAUUCAAGUAAAGACUGCAAGAAAAGUUAAUGCAAAAUCACACCCCGAGCUAGCAAAUGCAAACACUGCUGUACUAUCUAGUCCAAUAGUCGAUGCAACAUCUUGCACUGUUGUUGCUGAGCAAUCAAAUGCUGUUGUUACUUCUGCAGGCCUUAAUGUUACAACUACUGCCACAGCAAAUGCCACUAAUGUCGGAACUAUAGCCACAACACAACAAAUACCUUUGUGCAAUAAUGUUUUAAAUGAAGACGGCGCAAGUAAAAUGGGUAUCAGUUUAAAAAAUAUUAAUGUGGAAGAAAAUCGUAAAAAAAUUUUUGAAUACUGCAAAAAUCUUCCACUUAAAUAUUCAAUUGAUCCCGAAACCUUCCAAGAUAGAUAUGAAAUAGUUCAAUGGGAUUUAAACAAUGCAUUAAUUUUUCCACCACAGGAAACAUUAUCUUUUAUGACCAAAUCAACAUUUAAUUCAAUUGAACACAAUGCACAUAAAGGUGGUCUCUACACAUGGAAUGGUACAAUGGCUCUCAAAUCAAUUUUCAAUUUCAUUAAUAAAGGUCAAGUCGAAUCUGAAAAAUCACAAAGUGUCGAAUCCAAGACUGUUUAUUCCUAUACCCAUGGUAUGAUCCCUAGACUUGAGAUUAGAAUAGAGCCUGAUUAUAUUACAUUAAAAGACAAUUUUAUUAAAUCUCUUGGAGAAGCCUCCAAAGAUUUAGGUACCCUUAAGCAGUUCUUAAAAAACAACGAAUUCUUUCCAACCAGGUACACUCUUGGUGGGAAAAUAUCAUCAACCGGCUAUAAAAAGGACUGUGCAGAGAGUGAUAAGGAGUCCUUUGGUUUUACUCUCGAAAAUCGUUUCAAGUUUAGCUUUCACGAUCCCAUCGAUUUGGACUUUGGUUUUAAUGUAGACAAUAAAAGUGAUAGUGGUACCAAAAUUACAGGAAACUAUUUAUUUGACGAGAAAAGAGUUAGUGGUGGUGACAGAACUCUCAAGGAUGAUUUUGGCAAAUAUAUAUUAUCAUUAGAAAAUAUUCAAGAUUGUUCAAUCAUUGAAAUAGGUAACCUUUGUUCAAUUUGGACCAUAUUAAAAAAUCAAAAUAGAGAUCUACAUGAUAAAUGUAUUAAUCUUUUAAACAGUGAAGCAAAAACAGUUAAUAUUCAAGUCUAUUCAAGUGUUGAAACUAAUAAAUUCAAAGGAUAUUCAAAAUUUAUAAUCAAUGGGAAAGAAAUAGAUUGUGGUAAUAAUCAAGGUUUUAAUGUUGUAAUAUUGGACUCAAAAGGUUUAAAUUUAGACUCAAAAUCAUUCAAUACAAGUUCAUUUUUCUUUUUUAUAAACAGCUCAAAAAAAUUUACUCGUUAUUUAAAAUCAAUCAAAGAUGGUAAAAUAAUUUUACUUUCAGUAAAUGGUGAUGGUUUCUCACAUUUAAGUGAAGAGGCACAAAAAGAAUUAAUUGAUCUUGGUAUUGACCAUGUGGAAUUUUUCGAAUCAAAUUCUUCAUUUUGUGCAAUUCUCAAAAAAGGUGAUAAGAAUAGUGUUGUUCAAAAUUCAAAAGAUUCUUCAGUUGCCUAUUGCGAAAAGAAAUUUAUAGUUAUAAAUAAAAAUUAAAUUUAAACCUUUCCCAU